GCCACAUCCAGCCAUGUGGGCUGGGCUAGGACUAGCCUUGGUCCUCUGUCUCCUGCCAGGAGGAGGAUCAGAGCAUCCGGAUCGUUGUAAAGAACCCCCAGAAUGGAGCAUCGGGGAAGAAAAUCCCAUGAUGACCUCAAGAGGGUCAGUGACUGUGGUGGCUCUACUCCAAGCUAGCUGAUACCUGUGCCUUUUGCAGGCUUCCAGACUUGAAGACCUGCAACUGAAGCUGGCAAAUAGUGGACUGGUCAAUAUCUCUUUCAUUGUGAUCAAUCACCAAGGAAGCCAUUCCCAGCUGAAGUACCAACUUCUAAGAGAAAGGGUUUCAGAAGAAAUUCCUGUGUACCAACAGGAUGCAACGCAACCUGAUGUCUGGACGACUUUAAGAGGCACAAAAGAUGAUUUCCUGAUUUACGACAGGUCUGUUUAUCAAACAAAUCAAAUGGAUUAGAACUUCUUAGGUACUUCAUAUUUUGAAAGGCUUAUUUGGGUCAGAUGGCACCCUAGAGUUUUGCCUAAGAAGCUCUGUGCCUCUAUCUGCACAAUACAUUCAGAAUACAUAAAAGUGGUUUUCUCCAUUCAUUUGGCUCUGUGGGUUGGGUAGGUUCACAGAAGAUGUCAGUGUGAUUGGCUACAUCAUAUGUGUUUGGUUUGGUGAGUAAAGCAUCAGGCUAAGAACUGGAAGAUCAUGUGUUCUAAUCCUGCCUUUUGCAUUAAUAAUUCAGGUGGCCUUGAGCCAGUCACUUUCUCUUAACCUUAGGUAGGAGGCAAUGGCAAACCCCUUCCAAAAACUUGCCAAAAAAACCUGCAAGGACUUGUCCGGUUUCCAGAGUCAACAUUGACUCGAAGGCACAAAACCCCCAAACCUACAAAUAGUUUAUUUUGUCCCAAAGUGGUUUAUCUGGAUCAGUUUACACUACUUAAAUAAGUGAACUUCCUUACAAGUAUUCGUGGCCCUUGCAUACAAGUUCUCACUUUACAAUUUCCUUCCUCUGGUUUUGCUGCUUUUCCAACUAACGGGACUUUUGCAGAGAGAUGUGUUCUUUCAAAUGAGCCAAGGGUGGGCUGCUGGGGGUUCGCAGGAACCUCUACUAAGAUUCUGUGCAGUUCGGAAAAUCCU